AUGAGUUCUGGAUUUAUAUCAGAAUCUGAAAUAUUGGAGGCGAGGCGAAAACGCCAGGAAGAAUGGGAAAAAGUAAGGACCGAAGAUCAACCUAAAGAGGCUCCAGAAGAGCCGUAUGAUACACGACCUCUGUACCACCGUUUGGAGGAGCAAAGAUUGAAGAAAGAAGCCGAGUAUGAAGAAGCACAUAAACUGAAAAAUAUGAUCAGAGGUUUGGACGAUGAUGAAGUUGGUUUUUUGGAUCUAGUUGAAAGGACAAAAGCAAAAGCAGCUCAGCAAAUAUCACUUGAGGAGCAGAAAGAGAUGCAGGAGUUCAGGGAGCGUGUAUCAAAUUUGGCGGAAAGUGAAGAACUAAUAAGACUUCGCGCCCAAUUGGCCCCUACACGUACCACCACUACGGUGCAGGCACCAAAGAAUAAAUUGCAAGGGGUCGUUGUGAGAAAGCGGAAAGCGAGUGAAAUGGAAUGUGACAAAUCCGAACCUUCUGAGAAAGCUGUUUCUCCUCCCAAGAAUGGGGUAGUCAACAAUGGAGUCCAGCAGAACGGUGAAGUAGAGACGGCAUCGACAGGAAACAUGGGGGACUUGGGUGCCUUACGAUGUGUCGGUAUCUUGCCUGGUCUCGGGCACUAUGACACUGACACUUCGAGUGACACCGACGACUCUAGCGAUCUUGAAAGUAGUGAUAAAUGCUGCGUUAAAAGGGAUCUUCUGGGUCGCAGACCGGAUCAAACGGCGGAAGGAAAACAAAAGGAGGAAUCGAAGAGUUAA